AUGCUGGAUGAGAACCCGGCAUGGACGGGACAGAAGAGGCACAAGUACGAGGCCCCAUCUCUGACAUCAUCCUCUGAUGCUUAUGGUGAGACGAUUGGCCAGGACAACGCAGAAUGUCCCAACGAGAUCGCGGAUUCACCAGAUGAGCUGGCGGACCAGGAAAAUGAUAUCAUCAGCGAGGAGGAGUUCGGCGGAUGCCUUAAGGUUUUAGCCACCAGGCGUGCUCCUAUGAUCGUCACAGGGCGCAGGCUGGACGAGGAACAUCAACGCGAGCUCUACGAGCGCCUCACCCUCUACCGCAUCAAAGCUUCCAAGGAGUACUCCUCAGACAAUUUGGAGGACCUGUUUGAUUACUACAAGAAAGCUGAUUCUGUGGAUUGGUACUUUGACCGUGGUUACUGUUUGCUCGCUGACUUGGAUGACUACCAGAGCCUUGUCCUUACCAAUGGAGAUGAUGGUAGAAGGUUCUGUGAUUGGGAAACAUACCGCUCAUUUUUUACUAGCUAUGAAAUUGAUGAAGAGUAUGUAAAGCUCUUUGAAGAAAUAUCAAAGAAAAUCAAGUGGCUUAAACGUUAUAUGGAAUAUGAACGAGCAUCUUCCAAGUGGAAGGAGAUGGAUGAUAGAGGAUUCUGCCAAGCAGCGAAGAUUGCGGCAGGCUUUCCACGCAUGAGCUAUAAGUUAACUUUAAUGGCCUAUGAGGAGAAUGUGUGGAAUCUGAUGUUUGAUUAUUGGCAACGUGAAGACAUUGAUCGUCUCUUUUUUGAGAUUUGGAAGUUUGCUACUAAGAAAAUGGGUGCCACUGAUAAGAAGAUCGAUUUUAGAGCUGGUUUGGUAGAUGUCUGUCGAAGGAAUAUAUUCCCUCGAUAUAGAAAGAGAAUGCAAUUCGCACUGGAUCAUAGUACUCUUUCUGAUUUGGAAUCAAAUUUUGAUACCUGCGUGGAAGACAUCCCUGAUGAUGCUACAGAGGAUGUAGCUUGGCGGUUGAUUACAUCGGCGGUUUGGAAUAAGCUUCAUAAACCCAAGAUGUGGCACCAAUAUAUUAUGAGGAAGAUGGAGAUUGCUAAACACAUUGGCUUGGGUCCACAAAAUUGACAUGUCUCGGAACCCAAGACACUGACAGAUGUAGACAACUGUUCCUUGUGAAAUCUUGUCCGUUGCUCGCUCACUUGCAAAUUAAUGAUGUAUCCGUUGUAUUGCAUAUAUUGAUGUUAGACUGGUGCUGUUGUUGCUGUGGUAAAUUAAUAUGCUAUCAUGGU